GUCGACGAUUCGGCGGAUUUUUUUUGACAUGGCUUUUUGGCUUCAUUUCAUUAUUUUGACAUUUCGAUGUCAACCGCUACGUAUUUCAUUAGAAAAAGGACUUAUUCUAUCGUUUAUCACCUGGUAUCCACUUUUUUCACUCGAAUAAGAGCAUAAAGACAAGCAUCCGCAAUCGUCUUUGCUAGUUACUGUGAAUGAAUGUUACAAAUUCAGAAAGAAACAUGUGACACGAAUACGAAAAAGGGCUUCCAGACCGUCAAUGUGACAGAAAUGUUUUCUGCCAUCGUGACGAGCCAGCGCCACCACGGAACCGACUAUAGCACGUCGUGCGAUCAUCGGCUAGUGAUAUAGGGUAAGCACACAAAAAUGAGCGCGAGAUGGCUAGUCCGCCACCGAACCCUAGAGAAGACGAGCAGGGCGGCUCCGAAUUCUCGGAGGAGACGAGGAGGGACCGCCCGGCCGCCCCGCAGAAGACGUUCAUAGCGCCGCCCGCGUCGCAGCUGCCCACUAAGCUGCAGUACGUGACGCGCCGAGUGUCUGGUCCGAGCAGCAUCAAGAAUGUGUACCCGACGGUGAAGACGGUGCGACGCGUGCCCACGUUGCCCGGGAAGCCGAAGGAGGCCACCACGAGUUCGGCAGGUGGCGACCGGCCGGGUCCUGCGCCCGCAGCGCCCGGCCGGAGCGCGCGCCGCGACCGUAACAAACGUCACGUCUGUACUACCUGCGAAAAGCGAUUCUCCAGCCCCGGCAAGCUCAGUCAGCAUCUUCUCUCGCACACUGGUGAGCUUCCCUUCUCUUGUGAACUGUGUGAUAAGCGUUUCAAUUCAAAAUUUAAGCUUGUGCGCCACGGCCUCAUUCAUAGUGAAGCUCGGGCCUUUGCAUGUAACAUUUGUGGUAAGACUUUUAAUAGGAAAGAUCAUCUCAGUAACCACGUGCGUAUACAUAAUCCGGUUAAGAAAAUGUAUACAUGUGAAAGGCCCGACUGUAGGAAAUCGUAUACAUCUCAGUUAAGCUACCGUAAGCAUGCCGCCUUGCAUUCAGCUGAGGAAGGUAACUUGCAAUGUAAGAUCUGUGAUGAGACUUUUAGCACUCGUCAGGAAAUUGUUUACCAUCUCAAAGUGCAUUCCGGUAGUCGGACUGUGAAAAACGAGACUGAUAAGAAAUUUCCAUGUGAUUAUUGUGACAGAAAGUUCUUCACAGCAAAAGAUGUACGUCGUCAUCUAGUUGUACAUACAGGUAGACGUGAUUUCUUGUGCCCAUAUUGUCCUCAAAAAUUUGGACGCAAAGAUCACUUGGUCAGGCAUGUCAAGAAUGCUCACCCUGAGAAGUCUUGGAGGUCUGCAGCAGUGGGUACGUCAAGUGAACCACCACCAGAAGCAUCCGCCUUUGAAGAGAGUUUCUCCGACUUUCCCAUAGAGGAUGUAGAUUUUAAAAUCUGGAAUCCUGCAUCACCUAAAGCAGGUACAUCUGAGGGACGGACUAGAGUGCCAUCCACAGAUAUCAUUGUAGAAAUGCCAACAGACCUUGAUAUUAAAGUGGAACCUUUAGAAAUAAAACAAGAACAACAAACUUCGCCUGCGUAUGAAACUUUCGGUCCUGAAUAUGAAGUGUUUGUUCUACCAUCAACAUUUCCAGCAACGCCGUCCAACUUGCCGUAUAUACCACAGCCGCUAUCUGAUCCGGAGCAUUUACUCAGUCCUGAUAGUGUGCAAUCAAUCUAUAUAGAUCCAGGGGAAGGGACGUCAGGGUUACCAAGUGACAUACUGCUAUUAGAAGAAGGUGAGCCGACGUAUGGGGCAGAGGAAGGUCGCCGACAGCGGCUGCCAGCGUUCACGCAAGCUUUCCAGACAACUCAGAGUCCCAAGCCACCCCCUCCACCGCCGCCACCGCACUAGCCGCGCCGUGUCGUGUCGCGCGGCAGAUUCCUGCAUUUAGCUUUUGUUGAUUCAGAGCUACCUCAUUAGGUAAGGUCGGUCUAAGCUGUAAUAUAGUCCCUGUAAAACUAAUGCAUAAUUCAAUGUUUUAUUUUUAUAAACAAACGUGGAGGAUGUCUUCAGAAUAUAUUGCCAAAUUGUAAGCAUAUUUUGUUCGUCUCGGAUAUACCAAAAUAUUUCCGAAUUCUACAUGAAAAUGUGAUCUAGUCGUGUAUGUACUUUCGGAAUUGUAAAUUGUUUAUUGUUAGUGUACAACUUUGAGAUGCAGUCUAAGUGGGACCAACUGUGAGAUGUUAAAUGGCGAUACAGUAGUUCGUAGUUUUCGAUGGGUCACACAGUUUUGUAGGUUGACAAUAAUAUUAGUGAACGAAGGGUAUCGGAGGAUUGAUGUCUCUUGAAAGUGGCACGCUGUAUAAUAUGUUUAGAGAUGCAUGCCACUUUCGAACGUGAUAUAAUAAUACAGCAAAGAGCAUAUUCCUCCGAAUGUGUGUAAGAUCAUAGUGUGGGUACUAUAUCAUCAGAUCUGUUUAUAAAUAGUAUAAAAAUCUGGAUAAAUAAAGCAAUUUUAGGGUAAGGAUACUUAUUCUAUGAUUUAGAAUAAUUUUGUAUUCCGUAAUCCUUUUGCAUCCUUCAGCUAGCAACAAAAUGCAAUAAACUACCAUUAUACCUCAGAAGUGUACUACUUCCUUAGCAUAUAAGACAAUAGAAUUGGGUCAGUUGUGAUAAGCAAACUAAAUGAAGUCUGAGUUUACAUCUUUUCAAUACAGUAUGUGC